CACGCAGUGGCGAGGCUCGUUGUCAGUUUGUCACGCAGUGGCGUGCUGUGUGUUUCGAUGUGUACGCUGUUACGAACCCUCUCGUCGCAUUAACGUUCUCUCUUACAGUAAAAUUGAAUUAACGUAGAAAACUUAACGAAUUCCAUGAAUACAACACACAAUUUCGCGUACAAAGAAACUUCUGUUCGUUGAUGUCGGCAUGCACGACGAUACAUUCGUGGAAAAUAAGUGAACAUUGCGAGAAUAACAGGGCUCGCAAAACCGUUUCGCAUCACAGUUAUCGGUCAACGACGUUGUUCUUCAAAGUUUUCGCGGAAUGCACGAGAUCGUGCAGUAUUCUUUCGGUGGUUAUUUCAUUUUCGGAUCGGACGUCUGAAAAGGUUUUUAACUUUUACUCGGGUUUGGAAGAAACGGAUUUCUUUUUGUGAACGAACACGAACAGAUUCUUUGACGAAGAAUCAUGGGUGAUGUUCCGAAAGUGGAAUUCGCUCUUGGCAGCGAAGUGUCACUGGAGCACUUCUUCAAAAGCAGCUUCGCGCGUUCUUUCGUGACCAAUUGCCGUGAUGCGAAGUCGCUGGAUUACGAGCUUCUCGACAACACCAUCGCCGAGGAAACGGAAACCAACGGAAACGCCAACAACAAUUUCUUCUCCCUCGUUAAUUUUGGAAGCGUGACAACAACACCGGACAAUCGUGUUUCCGUUAAGGACAACACGAAACUUUGGAAAACGAACGAGGCGGUCCAAUCUUCCACGGACGUUAAUGAAUUGGAGAAACUUCGAAAACAAUGCAAGUCGCUAAUAGAAGAGAACCGAAGAUUACAGACCGCCCUAACAUCGAAUCAAGUGCCUCACGUACAAGUAAUCGACAGUGUUUUCCUUCAGACGCAGAUUGAAACUUUGCAAUGGCAGCUAAAACAGAUAGAGGCGAACAGGCACAUGUAUCGUUCCUUGAUGGAACAAGUGGUGCGUUUCUUGGAUCGAGCCCGUAAAAGCUUGGAUAUUCUUCACGACAAGAAUAAUCUUAAGGACAAAGGUUCGACUGGACGUGUUCCUCGUAGUCGAAGCGUGCACGCUGUACACGCGGACUCGUCGCCACACCGUGUCAUCUCGGCGUCGUCAUCCUCCUCCUCGGAUUCCUCUCGUUUCACGAGGGCGAAAUCCAUCACGCAAAUCUCGCCGUGCAACACCGGCUUUCGCGAGUUCACUUGGUCCGUUCUGCGUAGGAACGAUCCUGUGCACUGUACGCCGCCGCGUAACAAAACACAGGAUCUCAAUAAGACGUACGAAGGUGUUUACAGAAAACCAAAACAAGUGGAGCUGGAUCUGAACGACGUGCCGCCGGAGAAACUGUCCCAGGAAGCGUUUAGUUUAAUGAGAACCGUUCAGUCAUUGUUAGCGAUGAGGGAGCCCGAUCUGGCCAGAAUCUCGUCGAUCGAAAAUAACAACUCCUCUCCUUCGCCGGAGGAUCACCAUCGUCACAACAACCAUCAUAACGAGAUGUCGAUCUCGUUACAGAACAAUAGUUUUGUAAACUCUACCACCUUGCAGGAGACUACUAGUUACACCAGACGUCCCAGCAGCGACCGCGGGAACGAAUCAAGUAGUACGGACAAUGAUAGCAGUACCUGUUUCUUGAAAUCGUUGAAUGUCGUCGAGGUUGAUCGAAAUUUGCAAAAUCUUCUUCCGGGUGUUAGGAGAUCGAUCGAUGCGACCUCGCUGAAUUCGGGAAGCAGUAAAACUACCGAGGAAGAGGACGGUCUUCCGACAAAUAAUUUUUUAAAUGUUUCAUUGCGAGAGCUUGACGGUAUGUUCAUGUUCACGCCAACUUCUACGCCAAAUAAGUGCACCAGGAAAAUUGAGAAAAAGACUAAGGAAAGAUCAUCGAAAUCGAAACCAGCAGCCAGUGUCAGCAGCGUCGAGGAUGAAAGUGGGUUUUCUUCUAUGUGUUCGUUUCAAGAGAUUGGUUUACCUAGUGCUCUGCCAAUUUCACCUAUCAGAGGUUGUCACACAGAAGUUGGCCUACCCGAAGUACCUUUAGAGAAAGCAAGACAUCGCAGAUGGUCUUCGACCCCAGCUGAAAUUCAAGCUCUCUUCAAACAGCAUCGAAACAGCUUCUCCACUUCUCAGACUACGUCUGAGUCUCUCAGCGUUUGGGUUUAAGUGGUUAUGCGACUGUGUAAACUGAUUUGAAAAGAAAAGUAGGUCUGGAGAAUGUAUCCGAUGAAACUUAAAGAAUGAAUUGACUGAAUGAUGAACGCACUCGAGAACUCGUAUAAUGCAAUUUUUUUUGUACAUAUUUCAUUCAAAUUACUACGCAUUAAUUUUGCAUUUUGCUUUCUGUGAAAAAUAUUUAGAGAAAGAGUUAACGUAACCGAUGCAUGAUUUAUCUUAAAAGAUUUGCUUUCGUGCUCCUACAGGAAUUUUAUUAACGGUAAAGGUUAAUAAAUUUGUUCAAAACCUUAUUAGGAAAGUGAUAUAUA